GGCCCGGCCCGGCCCGGCGAGGAGGAGGCGGCGGCAGCGGCGACGGCAACGGCGACGCCAGAGCCCGUGGGCGCCGUUCGCGAGGCCGUCGUGGCCCGGCCGCAGCGCGGGGAGGCCUGGGGGCUGGAAGCCGCCGCUGCCGCCAUGCCGCUGCUCUUCCUCGAGCGCUUCCCCUGGCCCAGCCUCCGCACCUACACGGGCCUCAGCGGCCUGGCCCUGCUCGGCACCAUCGUCAGCGCCUACCGCGCUCUCAGCCAGCCCGAGGCCAGGCCCGGGCCUGGGCCCGCCGAGGCGGAGCCGGUAACGGCCCCGGUGCAGCCAGACCCGGCCGCGCUCGUCCGGCCGAGCACCGGAGGACCCCGUGCCCGCGACGUGGCCCAGUACCUGCUCUCGGACAGCCUAUUCGUGUGGGUCCUAGUAAAUACUGCUUGCUGUGUUUUGAUGUUGGUGGCUAAGCUAAUCCAGUGUAUUGUGUUUGGCCCUCUUCGAGUGAGCGAAAGACAGCACCUCAAAGACAAGUUUUGGAAUUUCAUUUUCUACAAGUUCAUUUUCAUUUUUGGUGUGCUGAAUGUCCAGACAGUGGAAGAAGUGGUCAUGUGGUGCCUCUGGUUUGCUGGACUGGUAUUUCUGCAUCUGAUGGUUCAGCUCUGCAAGGACCGGUUUGAAUAUCUUUCCUUUUCUCCCACCACACCGAUGAGUAGCCAUGGUCGAGUUCUGUCUCUACUGAUUGCUAUGCUGCUUUCCUGCUGUGGAUUAGCAGUUGUCUGUUGUGUCACAGGCUACACCCAUGGGAUGCACACAUUGGCUUUCAUGGCUGCAGAGUCUCUUCUUGUGACAGUGAGGACUGCUCAUGUGAUUUUACGAUAUGUAAUUCACCUCUGGGACCUCAACCACGAAGGAACGUGGGAAGGAAAGGGAACGUAUGUCUAUUACACAGAUUUUGUCAUGGAGCUCACUCUGUUGUCCCUGGACCUCAUGCAUCAUAUUCACAUGUUGUUAUUUGGCAACAUCUGGUUAUCCAUGGCCAGCUUGGUCAUCUUUAUGCAGCUGCGUUACCUGUUUCAUGAGGUACAACGUCGAAUCCGCCGGCACAAGAACUAUUUGCGAGUGGUUGGAAACAUGGAAGCCAGGUUUGCGGUUGCAACUCCAGAGGAGCUGGCUGUCAAUAACGAUGACUGUGCCAUCUGCUGGGACUCCAUGCAGGCUGCGAGGAAACUGCCCUGUGGACAUCUUUUCCACAACUCCUGUCUUCGUUCGUGGCUAGAACAAGACACCUCCUGCCCAACAUGCAGAAUGUCUCUUAAUAUUGCCGACAAUAAUCGUGUCAGGGAAGAGCAUCAAGGAGAGAAUUUGGAUGAGAAUUUGGUUCCUGUAGCAGCAGCUGAAGGCAGACCUCGCUUAAACCAACACAAUCACUUCUUCCACUUCGAUGGGUCCCGGAUUGCGAGUUGGCUGCCAAGUUUUUCAGUCGAAGUGAUGCACACCACCAACAUUCUAGGAAUUACUCAGGCAAGCAACUCCCAGCUUAAUGCAAUGGCUCAUCAGAUUCAAGAGAUGUUUCCCCAGGUUCCAUACCACCUAGUACUGCAGGACCUCCAGCUGACACGCUCAGUCGAAAUAACAACAGACAACAUUUUAGAAGGACGGAUUCAAGUACCUUUUCCCACACAGCGGUCAGAGAGCAUUAGGCCUGCAUUGAACGGUCCUAUGGAGAGGCCAAACGGCGAGCAGGAGGACGGAGAAGCUUCCACCCAGACCGAGCGGGUGCCGCUGGACCUCAGUCCUCGGCUGGAGGAGGCACUGGACUUUGGCGAGCUGGAAGCGGAGCCCAGUGAAGGGGAGGACUUUGAGGCCCGGGGGAGCCGCUUCUCCAAGUCCGCUGACGAGAGACAGCGCAUGCUGGUGCAGCGCAAGGAUGACCUCCUGCAGCAGGCGCGGAGGCGUUUCUUGAACAGAAGUUCUGAAGAUGACUCAGCCUCGGACAGCUGCCUCCCCUCGGAAGGCACGACCUCUGACCCCAUGACCCUGCGUCGAAGGAUGCUGGCUGCUGCCGCGGAGCGGAGACUUCAGAAGCAGCAGAGCUCCUAGCGCCUCCUCCCGAGCCGAAGAGGCCUGUCCCCAGCUCUGCCUGCUGAGUGAAGGAGUGGGCUCAACUGCAUUGCGCUGUGUAAAGCACGUGGUCUUAAUAGUGUGUGGACAGCUGACAGAUUUAAUCCUUUUUUGUAAUA